CUCCUCCCUUUCCAGGUUCCCCCCCACCCCCUCGUUUUCCCUCCCCCCACCCCCCCAUUCGAGUCCUGCGGACCUGGGGGCUUCGGGAGCUGGGCGCUAUGAAAAGUGUCUGCCCAGUCACUUCCGGUUUUUCUUCCCCCAAUCCCUCAGCUGCUGCUGCUGCUCAGGAGGUCAGAUCUGCCACUGAUGGUAAUACCAGCACCACUCCGCCCACCUCUGCCAAGAAGAGAAAGUUAAACAGCAGCAGCAGCAGCGGCAGUAACAGUAGUAACGAGAGAGAAGACUUUGAUUCCACCUCUUCCACCUCUUCCACUCCUCCUUUGCCACCCAGGGAUUCGGCAUCCCCUUCAACCUCGUCCUUCUGCCUGGGUGUUUCCGUGGCUACUUCCAGCCACGUACAGGUACAGAAGAAGCUGCGGUUUGAAGACACCCUGGAGUUUGUAGGGUUUGAUGCGAAGAUGGCUGAGGAAUCUUCCUCCUCUUCCUCCUCAUCUUCACCAACUGCUGCAACAUCCCAGCAGCAGCAACUUAAAAAUAAGAGUAUAUUAAUCUCUACUGUGGCUUCGGUGCAUCACGCAAACGGCCUAGCCAAAUCAUCUGCCGCCGUCUCUAGCUUUGCUAACAGCAAGCCUGGCUCUGCUAAGAAGUUAGUGAUCAAGAACUUUAAAGAUAAGCCUAAAUUGCCAGAAAACUAUACAGAUGAAACUUGGCAGAAACUGAAAGAAGCAGUGGAAGCUAUUCAAAAUAGCACUUCAAUCAAGUACAAUUUAGAAGAACUCUACCAGGCUGUAGAAAAUCUCUGUUCUUACAAGAUUUCUGCAAACUUGUACAAACAGCUGAGACAAAUUUGUGAAGAUCACAUCAAAGCACAAAUUCAUCAAUUCAGAGAGGAUUCCUUGGAUAGUGUUCUUUUUCUAAAAAAGAUUGAUAGGUGCUGGCAGAACCAUUGCAGACAAAUGAUCAUGAUCAGGAGCAUCUUUCUAUUUCUGGAUAGAACUUACGUUCUUCAGAAUUCAAUGCUGCCAUCCAUUUGGGAUAUGGGACUGGAGUUAUUUAGGGCACAUAUUAUAAGUGACCAGAAAGUCCAGAAUAAGACAAUUGAUGGCAUUCUUCUCUUAAUUGAGAGGGAAAGAAAUGGUGAAGCAAUUGAUAGAAGUUUACUCCGAAGCCUUUUAAGUAUGCUCUCCGAUUUACAAAUUUAUCAAGAUUCUUUUGAACAACGAUUUUUGGAAGAAACUAACCGGCUUUAUGCAGCUGAAGGCCAAAAAUUAAUGCAAGAAAGAGAGGUUCCUGAAUAUCUUCAUCAUGUUAACAAACGUCUAGAAGAAGAAGCAGACAGACUUAUUACAUAUUUAGAUCAAACUACCCAGAAGUCAUUAAUUGCUACUGUAGAAAAACAACUUCUAGGUGAACAUUUAACAGCAAUUCUUCAGAAAGGUUUAAAUAAUCUCCUCGAUGAAAACCGAAUUCAAGAUUUGUCUCUCCUGUAUCAGCUGUUUAGUAGAGUUCGAGGUGGCGUUCAGGUUCUCUUGCAACAAUGGAUUGAAUACAUCAAGGCUUUUGGCAGCACUAUUGUAAUUAAUCCUGAAAAAGAUAAAACCAUGGUUCAAGAAUUGCUGGAUUUUAAAGAUAAAGUUGAUCAUAUAAUUGAUAUAUGCUUUCUGAAGAAUGAAAAAUUUAUCAAUGCCAUGAAAGAAGCAUUUGAAACAUUCAUUAACAAAAGACCCAAUAAACCUGCUGAACUUAUAGCUAAAUAUGUCGAUUCAAAGCUUCGUGCAGGCAACAAAGAAGCUACAGAUGAAGAACUUGAGAAAAUGUUGGAUAAAAUUAUGAUUAUAUUUAGAUUUAUCUAUGGCAAGGAUGUUUUUGAGGCCUUCUAUAAGAAAGAUUUAGCCAAACGUCUGUUAGUUGGGAAGAGUGCUUCUGUAGAUGCUGAAAAAUCAAUGCUGUCCAAACUCAAACAUGAAUGUGGAGCUGCUUUUACCAGCAAGCUUGAAGGAAUGUUUAAAGACAUGGAGCUUUCAAAAGAUAUCAUGAUUCAGUUCAAACAGGUAAAAUAUAUGCAGAAUCAGAAUGUACCUGGAAAUAUUGAACUAACUGUGAAUAUUCUGACAAUGGGUUAUUGGCCAACAUACGUGCCUAUGGAAGUUCAUUUACCCCCAGAGAUGGUAAAGCUUCAGGAAAUUUUUAAGACAUUUUACCUAGGUAAACACAGUGGCAGAAAACUUCAGUGGCAGUCGACCUUAGGACAUUGUGUGCUAAAAGCAGAGUUUAAAGAGGGCAAAAAGGAACUCCAAGUCUCUCUUUUUCAAACACUGGUGCUGCUAAUGUUUAAUGAGGGGGAGGAAUUCAGUUUAGAAGAGAUCAAACAGGCUACUGGAAUCGAGGAUGGUGAGUUAAGGAGAACUUUGCAGUCAUUAGCCUGUGGCAAAGCUAGAGUUCUGGCAAAAAAUCCAAAGGGCAAAGAUGUUGAGGAUGGUGACAAGUUCAUUUGUAAUGAUGAUUUCAAACAUAAACUCUUCAGGAUAAAGAUCAAUCAAAUCCAGAUGAAAGAGACGGUUGAAGAGCAGGCAAGUACUACAGAAAGAGUAUUCCAAGACAGACAGUACCAAAUUGAUGCUGCGAUUGUUCGAAUUAUGAAGAUGAGAAAGACACUUAGCCACAAUCUACUUGUUUCAGAAGUAUACAACCAAUUGAAAUUCCCAGUAAAGCCUGCUGAUCUUAAGAAGAGAAUAGAAUCCUUAAUUGACCGGGACUACAUGGAAAGAGAUAAAGAAAAUCCAAACCAGUAUAACUAUAUUGCAUAGAAUGUUGGCUUUGCUGAAUUUGGGGUCAUAUGCAGUAGCCAGUGGAUAAAACUAACCUUUUGAACCUGUA